AUGGUGCUGAAUAAGCUCCGUCCUUGGGCGCCCCCGCUGACGGAGACCCUGGACCCCCAGCUGCUCGACCGGGUCGUGGACACCCUCUUCCCCGUCGCGGGGGUGGAGGGCCCGCGCCCCGCUCUUGAGCCGGCGGACCCGAACACCUGGUCCGCUGAGCUGGGGGUCAGCGAGGAGGAGCUCACCGGGGCCGUCCGGAGAAUGGUACUGGUCGGCGGGGAGGACUGGGGGAGGACGCUGGCGCUCGCCGAGGUGGCGGUGCAGCGCGUCGUCGCCGCGGUCAGGGACCUGGGACUCGAGGUGGCCCCUCACAAAACCGAGGCGUUGUGGAUCCACAACAAGCCUCGGCGUGAGGGGCCGCCGCCCCAGACUCUGGUCCGCGUAGGUGGUGCCUACGUCCAGGUCCAGGAUUCCAUGAGGUAUCUCGGGUUGGACCUGGACGGCCACUGGAGCUUCGAGGGUCACUUGGACCGCCUCGCCCCCCGUGCGGAAUGUGCGGCGGCCGGGCUUUGCCGGCUGCUGCCGAACCUCGGGGGGCCUGACGAGAGGGUACGUCGCCUCUACACGGGGAUCGUGCAGUCCAUGCUAUUGUAUGGUUCGCCGGUGUGGGCGGGCGACCUGAUGGCCAGCCGGCGCAGCAAGGAGGUGCUGCGCCGGCUACAGCGUAGGCUGGCCAUCCGGGUCGUCCGCGGGUACCGCACGAUCUCCCACGAGGCGGCGUCGGCACUGGCGGGUGUCCUGCCCUUUGAUCUCCAGGCGGAGACGGACGCGACAGUUUAUCGGUGCGUCCGCGAACUCCGCCGGGAGGGGCGGGGCCCGCUAGGGCUGGCGGUGGAAGCGGCGGUGAACCUCCAGGCCCGACGUCUUGCCCGAGACAAGUGGCGGGACCGGCUAGCCGGUUCCGCCGGGCACAGGGCGGUCGGGGCGGUGCUGGCUAGCUGGGAUAGCUGGCUGGACCGUGGCCACGGUAGGCACACCUACCGACUGACGCAGGUGCUCUCCGUACACGGGUGUUUCGGGGAGUACCUGUGUCGCAUAGGACGGGAGGCGACAGCGCGUUGCCAUCAUUGCGACGCGGAGCGGGACACGGCGCAACACACCCUCGAGGUGUGUCCCGCCUGUGAGGCGGAGCGCCGUGUCCUGCUCCAAGAAAUUGGUGGGGACCUCUCGUUGCCGGCUGUCGUCGGCGCGAUGGCCCGCGACGAGAGGUCGUGGGAGGCGGUGGCCUCCUUCUGCGAACAAGUGAUGCUGCAGAAGGAGGCCGCGGAGCGGGAUCGGGAGAUGUACCGAAAAGCAGCCGCCAGCAGUAUAGAAGAGUUCAAGACAGCGUACAGAGCAGUCUCAGGAGAGAGGCUGGAGCUCUCUGAAGAGCUGACCGUACGGUAG